CUAUUCUCCGGGAGAGUGUGCAAUCUGGUACAUCUGCAUGCUCUCUCACCUUUACCCUACCCUCCCUCAGUGCACUUCAACUUCUUUCCCACUUCCAUCCCCAUUUUCUCCUCCUGGGAAUUUCUUGUUCUCCACUGGUUUCCAUUUUUCAGAAAGUAAUAGAGUUCGAGCUCCGUUGUAAAACUAAUUCAAAGAGAUCUUGUGAUCGCUACAAAAUGUAACACUUUUUUUUUUUGGUUAAAGCUGUGAUUUAUUGUAUGCAUUCAGAUUUAUAAACCCCAGAAAGUUGAGAAUAGAGAGGUUUCGAGGAUGAAAGGGGCGCAGAAGGAUUCAGAGAAGCUGAUUUGGGAACCGAUGAGAAGCCCCUCCGGGGGAAACCCCAUUGUCGGGUCGGGUCAACAAUCCAGAGCCUUGCACAAAUUCCUGGUCUGGCUCAUCCUCUUCGUUUCUGCCACCUACAUCGUGUACACGCUGAAGCUCGUUUCCACCUCACGCACCUGCGACGACGAGCCUUUCCCCAAUCCUCGCACCCGUAUCUCAUCCUCAUCUUCUUCUAUAAAGAAUGUCACGGCCACCUCGUUGUUAUCACAGUCGAUUCAGGAUCACGCGGUGGUCGAGACUCUCCUACCCGAGUCCCCAGAAACGCACCGGACUGAGAUCCGGAACAUAGUGUUCGGCAUCGCGGCCUCGGCUAAGCUCUGGGAGAGAAGGAAGAACUACAUCAAGCUCUGGUUCAGGCCCAAGGAAAUGCGAGGCGUUGUGUGGCUAGACCACACCCUGAAGACUCGCGAGGCCGACGAGGAAGACCUCCCUCCAGUGAAGAUCUCCGGAGACACGUCGCGGUUCGCCUACAAGAACAAGCAGGGCCACCGGUCCGCGAUUAGGAUCUCGCGGAUCGUUUCCGAGACGCUCCGGCUGGGCCUGGAGGAUGUGCAUUGGUUCGUGAUGGGCGACGACGAUACCGUCUUCGUGACCGAGAAUCUGGUCCGAGUAUUGAGGAAAUACGACCACAACCAGUUCUACUACAUCGGGAGCUUGUCGGAGAGCCACUUGCAGAACAUAUACUUCUCAUACGGGAUGGCCUACGGCGGUGGAGGCUUCGCGAUCAGCUACCCAUUAGCCAAGUCGCUCGCCAAAAUGCAAGAUCGAUGUAUACAGAGAUACCCGGGGCUGUACGGCUCCGAUGACCGAAUGCAGGCUUGCAUGACAGAACUCGGUGUCCCACUCACGAAAGAACUCGGUUUUCACCAGUAUGAUGUAUAUGGGAACUUGUUCGGGCUUCUAGCCGCACAUCCGGUGACACCUUUGGUGUCGUUGCAUCACCUAGAUGUGGUUGAGCCCAUCUUCCCCAAUGUGACUCGGGUUCAAGCCCUCCAGCGGCUUACCCUACCUAUGAAGUUGGAUUCAGCUGGGCUCAUGCAACAAUCAAUUUGUUAUGACAAAUCUAAGAGGUGGACCAUUUCAAUUUCAUGGGGAUUUGCUGUUCAAAUAUUCCGUGGAGUCUUUUCACCCCGUGAGGUUGAAAUGCCUUCAAGGACAUUUUUGAAUUGGUACAGAAAGGCAGAUUAUACCGCAUAUGCAUUCAACACACGACCAGUUAGCCGAAACCCCUGCCAAAAGCCUUUUGUAUUUUACCUGUCAAAGGCAAGCUUGAAUUCAACAAUGAACCAGACAGUGAGCGAAUAUGUUCGGAAUCGUGUAUCUCAUCCUGUGUGCAAGUGGAAGAUGGCUGAUCCUGCCAAUCUCGAGAGAGUGGAGGUUUAUAAGAAGCCCGACCCACAUCUAUGGGAUAGAUCCCCACGGAGAAACUGUUGCAGAGUCAUGAACCCGACGAAGAAAGGAACCACGGUGAUAGAAGUGGGUGUGUGUGGGGAAGGUGAGAUCAGUGAAAUGUAGCCAUAUUUAUUCAAUUAAUUGAUGCGAGCUUCUUCUC